CUGGCGGUGCGUUUUGCGGUGCGUUGCGAGGCGCGGCGGGCGGUGUGACUUGCGGGGGUAUGCCACAGCUAGACUAGUUGCGACGGCGGCGGCGUCAGAGGUGCACGUAUUUAGAAAGCCCUAUCAAAUUUCCCUUUCAAAAGUGGCACGAUAUUACCUUGAAAUAAGUGCGUUCUUAGCUGAAGAUAUUAUUCAAUCAAGAAUAGGAGCGCACCCAGUUAGAAAAAGAGAGAACUUUGCGAAUUUCACCCUAUUUAUUAGGUAUUCUAUUAGGAAUAUAAGAACUAUCCCGAUAAAUAGAUUAUUAAUAGAUUCAACCUUCACAGAGAUUACCAGGUUCAAAUCUCAAUUUACCAUACGUGUUAAUUGCUGAUAAAGCCUAUCCUCUUAAAAAUUAUUUGAUGCGCCCAUAUCCACCGGGUAGUUUAAAUGCGGAACAAAUAAUUUUUGACAAAAUAUUAUCCCGGGCAAGUGUCACAAUUCAGUACGCGUUUGGUAUUCUAACUAAUAAAUUUCGUAUUUUUACGAAAAGUGUAAAGGGAAACAAAAAGCCCGCGAUAUUGAUUAUAAAGGUUUCGUGCCUUAAAAGAAAGUGAUGGAGACAGAGAUGCAGAUUUUCAGCAGUUUGUUUCCCAGUUUGGAGACUCCAAUAUUCACAAUAGCGUACGCAGAUCAAGACGGAAUAAUCGAGCAACGGUUCAAGCAUCUAGAAUACGAAAUCAAUUCAAAUUUCAAAUUUUAUUUCAAUAAUCCUAUCCAAGAGUAUCUAGGAAACCAUUAGUACCAGAAAAUUGUUGUUUUAUUUCGUCCCACAUUUUUUUUAUAACAUGCCUAUAUUUAUGAUGUGGAUGUUUUAACAUCCAUAUUUUUGGUCUACUCAGUAUUUCACUAAUGAAUUGUUCCACAUCCAUUAUAUUUUAUUAGCUCAACGCGCGGUAAAAACAAAAUGAUUUGUUUCGGUCGCGCGAUGCCUCAAUGCGUCCACCGACACCGCCGCGCGCGCCGCUCUGAACUGUGGCCGCCUCCAUAUUGUCUAGUACAUUUGUUUCACUCGCACAUCGUGCAGCUCGUCUCCGCCAGAUGUCACGCGCCUCUCACCGCUCCUCGCAACGCACCGCAAAACGCACCGCCAGUAGCUGUGGCAUACUUCAUAGGUUGUCUACCAUUUGUUUUCGCCGCUCCCGCUUGCCGCGCCUCACGACGCACCGCAAUUCGCACCGCUCUCGGCUGUGGCCAAGGGAAGAAGGCUGAUCGAAGUCGGAUCGACGCGUUUGAGAUGUGGUGCUGGAGGAAAAUGCUGCGGAUUCCCUGGAUGGCGCAUCGGACAAACGCAUCAAUCCUGGAAGAACUAGGCGUCUCCUUAAGACUCUCCACCAUUUGCCUACGUAGGAUCUUAGAGUUUUUCGGUCACGUUGCGAGAAAAAAGGGUGACAAUCUCGAAAGACUUCUCAUCACCGGCAAAGUGGAAGGAAAGAGGCCUAGGGGGCGUAGUCCCAUGCGCUGGUCCGAUCAGAUUAAGACCACUUUGGAAUCCAGCAUCAAUGUCGCUAUCCACUGCGCGGAGGACAGAAGUGAAUGGAAGAACAAAGUCCUGACAAAAGUGCUCAGUAAAGGUCACGACCCUCAGAACUGAGGAAUACGACGCACGGAGGAGGUUACAAUAAUAGUGUAGUAAUUUUAUUACUAAUGGUAAACUCUCACACACUGUAAGCAAGCACAGAUGACAAGUCUGCACAAAUAGGUAUCAACCACCAUUGUGCCUAUUUAUUUUGAGAAACAAAUGUACAUAUCAUCAAAGAGUGGGACAGCCAUUGUACACCACACCAGGUGUGCAAUAAAAAAAACGAAUUCUAUUAAGUAUACGAAAGCUUUCUUGUUUCUUAAGGCAAUAGUGAUUUAGAGUUUAGCUCCAUAAGUAUAAUCAUUUUUAUCUCACAGUGUUAAUUGUGAAGAAAGCUACACCAUAAUCUAGGCACAAAAUUGGCAUUACUAAAUAAAAAUACUUUUUCCUA